AUCCAUUGGCUGACGUCAGGUGAAAUGGCACACCUUUACCUGUACACACGCGCGCACACAACCAGAGACAGUCGUCUGAACAUAUGCGGAAGUGAAGCGAGGCGGAGAGAUGUUGAUUAACCAAAUGUCAAUGAAAGAUUAAUUUUAAUGAUGGGGAGAUGUUAAAGUGUCCGGACAGAGUAACGUGAGGGAACAUUUAUCUUCUCGCUGGAUGGAGGCAGUUUUUUUCUCAGACUGAACUUCACAUCAGCACCAUCAACUUCCAACAUGUUCUUCAAGAGUGUCGAGGAAAACAUUGAGCUGUGGACCAGACAGAGGGAAGGUUACGACAAUGAACCUUUACUUCCAUCAACGCCCACCCAGAGGACAUUUGACUAUGUACUGGUGGCCACCAAGGUGGAUGAUGACACAGACCAGAAGGCUCAGAGACAGAGAGCUUUCAUCCAGCAGCUAGAAAAGAAAAAUAUCUCUGUCACUGAGAUCAUCCAUGAUGGCAAGGUGUUUUAUGGCCUUCGUGCUCCUCCUGAGAUGUUUGAAGACUACCAGUACCUGCUCAAAGUCUCCGACUCCUGUAACUGGUGUGGAGAUGUGAGGGGUACCGUCACCCAGGCUACCAGGAUCCGAAUAGUCAGUUUCAUCCUUCAUCAGACAUUUAUCAACACGGGAGAAAACCUGAAAGAACUGUUGGAGAAGGAUGUGUUUGAAACCGUGUUCUGUCUUCAUGAGAGAAAGGAGCAGAAACGGCUGAAGAAGAGGUGGGCUCGAUGGUCGGCUCUGUUUACAGAACAACCAGUCAACGAUGUCAAGUGCUACUUUGGAGAGAAGGUGGCUCUUUAUUACCUGUGGCUGGGCUGGUACACCAAGCUGCUUCUUCCAGCUGCUAUCCUGGGUGUUAUAGUGUUUCUGUAUGGACUUGCCUUUUUCAACACCAACAUUCUCAUUCAUGAAGUGUGUGAGUCCAACAUCACCAUGUGUCCUCGAUGUGAUAGGAGAUGUACAGUGUGGCAGUUGUCAGAAACAUGCAUCUACGCUAAGGUUAGCCAUCUGUUUGACAAUGAGGGCACUGUGGCUUUUGCUAUGUGCAUGGCAAUCUGGGCCACUCUGUUCCUGGAGCUGUGGAAGAGACACAGAGCCAGACACGUCUCUCAGUGGAAGGUCUACGACUGGUGUGAGGAGGAGGAGGAACUGAUUCUGGAAAUAGUCAAUGAUCCAAACUGUAAACCAAAACAGUUUAGACACUCCUAUCUGCGCAGCACUGUGGUCCUAAUUUUGGUUACACUCAUGCUGAUGCUGAUCAUCGGUCUCGCUCAUGCCCUGGUAGUGUUUCGAGUGGUGGCUGCCCCCCUGAUGUCUGAGGGCAAGUGGGAGUUUAUUAAGGACCACGCCAACACUGUGGCUGUGAUGCUUGGAGCUGUGCUGCACUACAUUACCAUUCAGAUCAUGACCCGCGUAAACAGAUGGGUGUCCAUCAAGCUGUGUGAAAUAGAGAAGACCAACUCAUUCGCUGCCACAGAGAGAAGCUUCACAGUCAAGAUGUUCACCUUCCAGUUCUUCACUCUCUUCUCAUCACUUUUCUAUGUGGCCUUCUUCCUGGGCAGGAUAAACGGCCAUCCAGGGAACUAUGUACGUAUUGCUGGAUGGAGACUUGAGGAGUGCCAUCCCAGUGGUUGUUUGACAGACCUCUUCAUCCAGAUGGCUGUUAUCAUGCUGCUCAAACAGACUCUCAACAACAUCUUUGAGUUCACUGUGCCUUGGUUGAAGAGCUGUUUUAGCAGAAACGCUGCAAAAAAGCUGCAGAGGAAGUGUGGCUACUGUUACAGGAAGGCCUGUCGUGAUGAAGAGGGACACGUUGAACCCUGUGAUAUCUGCAAACUUCGGGACUGGCUGCGUAACUACCAUCUUGCAGACACUGAUGCCUUCAGCCUGUUCAAUGAGUUCCUGGAGAUGGUGGUUCAGUUCAGUUUCACAACAAUAUUUGUGGCAGCGUUCCCCCUCGCCCCCCUGCUGGCUCUCAUCAACAACAUCUUUGAGAUCCGUCUGGAUGCCAUCAAGAUGGUCCACCUGGAGCGGCGGCUGGUUCCCAGGAAGACCAACGACAUCGGUGUGUGGACGAAGGUGUUGGAGGUCAUUGGUGUGUUGGCAGUGAUUGCUAAUGGUCUGGUCAUUGGAGUCUCAUCAGACUUUAUCCCGCGCCUCGUCUACCGCUACCGUUAUGGCCCCUGUGCUAAUGGAAGCACUCAAGCAAACUGCAUGCAGGGAUACAUUAAUGACACUCUGUCCACAGCCUUUGUGAUGCACUCCGCAGUUGGAAAUGACUUUGAUGGUAAGAUGAUGGUCACAGACACCGGCUUCAAUGUCACACAGUGCAGCUACCGAGACUACAGGAGUGAUGAAGACUACACUCUGACGUCUCAGUUCUGGUUGGUCUUGGCUGUGCGCUUUGCCUUUGUCAUCCUGUUUGAGCAUGUUGUGGUGGUGUGCAAGUUUAUAGCAGCCUGGUUCGUCCCCAACAGUCCAAUUCAGGUGAAGAAUGAUCGACUACACGACAAACUGGCUCGACUAAAGGAGGAGCUAAGUGAAAGGAAACGCAGCAUAUCAACAGACGUCUGAUCUCCCAUAGCUGACCUCAGAUCUGCUUCCACCGAUGAGUCCUGGAUGGUUUAAGUGAAAAAUGCACUGACCAAUGCGAGGACCCUGUUGUAUUUCCAAGGAUAAUUAGGGGUCCAAGUCCAAGGGUGCUGGGUGCUAUGCCUAUUAAGCAGCAUGGCUCCCAGGACCACAGUGCUAGUUUUAAUCACUGGGAGUUUUAAUGGGUCCAAGCAGUAUUACUUGCUGCAGAUUCCUGUUGUUUUUUUGUUCUCAUUAUUCUUUCUUCAUUUUUAUUUGCUCUGCUUAAAGUGUUUUAUGCAGUAAAAUUCUCUUUUUAAAAAAUGACUGGGUCAAAAUACUUGCAUCAUUUGUGCUCACCUUUUAUUUGAGACUUCGAUGAUACCUCGAUACAUUUUAAACCUGUCUCCAAGUUCAGUUUUAAAUAAACACUCAUAAAU